AUGGGCGACGCAUUAGCUGUGAACGGGCCUGCGUGGGCGGCGGCGGCAGAGGCGGGCGCGCGCCGGCGGGCCGGCCGCGUGCGGCUGGUGGCCGGGGACUUCUACCUCACGGAUGCGGUCCCCGAGCGCCGCCGGCCCAGCGACGCCGCGCCCUCGCCCGAGCGCCCGCCGCGCCGCCGCCUGCAGGCGGCGCCGGCGGCCGAGGAGGGGCGCGCCGCGGCGGCUGGCUCGGCGGCGGCCGCGGUCGCCAGGGCGCCCUUCUCAGAGCGGUUCCCCGCCACCAGGGAGCCGCCGACGAGCUGCGACGCCUGCGGCGGCGCGCUGGGCCGGGAGCUGACGGCCUACACCGCCACCGCCGGCUCCACCGAGGUGUGGCUGCUGGAGGGCGACGAGGCGCACCCCGGAAACGGCUUCUUCUGCGGGCGCUGCCAGGCGCGGCUGCGCGGGGGCCAGACGCUAGACUGCGCGGCAGCCCUGGGGGCGCAGGCCGCGCAGCGCUGGCGGGAGCCCGUGGACUGGGCGACGCGGCUGGCCGCGCUGGGGGCCCCCAACGCGCCUCGGCGGGGGCAGAAGCGGCCCGCGCGCUAG